CCAAAACUACACCAAAUCCUCACUCCCAAGUUCAUUCCUUCUCAUAUUGCUCUGCUUCUACUCUGCCACGUUCUGUUCAUUAUUUUUGUUCUGUUUUCUGAGCUUCCCCUGUUACACACACAAAAUGAUUACCAUAAAACGUGUCUACAGAUUCUUCAAAUUCCAUGCUUUGAUUCUUCCCCUUUAUCCACAACAAGUAAAAAUCCAUUAUGCUUCGUGAAUGGCCAAAAUUGAUCCUUCCUUUAUUCCUCAUCUGCCAUAAUUCCCCUGCAAAAUUCUUCCACCAAAGAGCAUUGACAAGUUCGUGUCACUUUCCAACUCAAAUAGCAACCGCAUAUUCCACAUUUCAAUCAAACACUUCAACCCUUUAGCCUGUAACUUCCGUUUCCAAGUAGAACAAGAAAAAUCAGAUGAUUGCCACAAAUUACAAGAACUUUACUUGUAGUUGUAGAGUUGUUAAGAUGAGUAAAAUAAUGCAGAGUUCUGACUAUUCUAGGCUUUUCAGGUUGCGUUUUUGGCUCAUGCACAAUAAAUUUUCUCAAACUAUAUAGUGUUUCAAGUUUCAAUGAGCUUAGGAGGUGAUUGUUAACUGUUAAGCUGGAGCAUAUAGCUAAGAAUUAGACAUGGCUUCCAAGAGGGAGAACAAGGAAGAUCAUUGUUAUGUGGAAACUGACCCAACUGGUCGUUAUGGCAGGUUUGGAGAUGUUCUUGGAAAAGGGGCAAUGAAGACAGUGUACAGAGCAAUUGAUGAGGUCCUUGGUAUAGAGGUAGCAUGGAACAAGGUCAGACUCAAUGAGGUGCUUCACAACCCGGAUAAUUUGCAGCGGCUUUACUCAGAGGUUCAUCUUCUCAGUACCCUCAAGCACGAGUCGAUCAUACGAUUCUAUACCUCUUGGAUUGAUGUUAAUAACAAGGCCUUCAAUUUUGUUACAGAAAUGUUCACAUCAGGGUCACUGAGAGAAUACCGGAAGAAAUAUGAGCGAGUCAGCAUACAAGCGAUAAAGAUUUGGGCUCGCCAAAUCUUAAAGGGUCUUGUUUAUCUACAUGGCCACGAUCCACCUGUAAUCCAUAGGGACCUCAAAUGUGAUAACAUAUUUGUCAAUGGCCAUCUUGGACAAGUGAAAAUUGGUGACCUUGGGCUAGCUGCAAUUCUCCGUGGUUCCGAUUCAGCUCACAGUGUUAUAGGUACCCCCGAGUUCAUGGCACCAGAAUUGUAUGAGGAAGAAUACAAUGAACUUGCUGAUGUGUACUCAUUUGGCAUGUGUGUAUUGGAGAUGAUUACAUCUGAUUAUCCAUAUAGUGAAUGUUCUAAUCCAGCACAGAUCUACAAGAAAGUAACAUCGGGGAAGCUACCAAUGGCAUUUUCCCGGAUUGAAGACUCGGAAGCACAUAAGUUUAUUGGAAAAUGCCUAGUACCUGCAGCAAAGAGGCCAUCGGCAAAAGACUUGUUGCUUGACCCUUUUCUUGUGUUUGAUGAUUCAUCAUCAACAAUGAAGUUUGAAAUUCAGAAGCCAUUUUUGAAUGACAUUGAGAUGGAGAAACUGCAAUUGAGUGAUGCUUUUCCUAGGACUGAAAUGAAAGUAAUAGGGAAGCUGAAUCCUGAAGAUGAUACUAUCUUUCUCAAAGUGAAAAUUUCUGAUAAGAAUGGGUCUGUUAGGAAUGUAUUUUUUCCCUUUGACAUUUUCACUGAUACCCCAAAUGAUGUUGCAAUGGAGAUGGUAAAAGAACUGGAAAUUUAUGAUUGGGAUCCUUUUGCAAUUGCAAAUAUGAUUGAUAGAGAGAUAUCUGCUCUACUACCACAUAGAAGGCGAAGUUACAGUUCAGAUACCUUCCACACAUUCAAUGAUUUGCAUGAUGAUACCAGUUCAAGAUGCUCGUCACAAGGCACAUAUUCCAACUUGAAUUACUUUUCUAUGGAUGACCAUGAAUUCAGUUUGGCCCCUAUUAGACAAGAUAAACUUCACAUCAUGAAGAGUCACAAGGGAACAAGGUAUUCUCCAGGUGAAGACAUGAGCAAUGACAACCAGUGCAAAGUUUCAGGAGGAUCACAAACUCCUUCUAGUGGUAAAAGUAAGAUAAUGAGAGACAAUCAAAGACUCACAAGGAACAGGUCAUUAAUUGAUAUGCACAGCCAAUUAUUACACAGAUCACUGGUUGAGGAGGUAAACAAAAGGCGUCUAUUUAAGACUGUUGGUGCUGUGGAAAACAUUGGAUUUCAGACACCUUAUGAUGUUUCCACAAAAGAGUCACACCCUGUAGGUAUUGCUUUAAAUCAGAAAACUACAAGAACUGGCAAGGGAGCAAAAUAAAAACAUUAAGAAAUAAUGUCUUGUCUCUUGCAUAUUGAAAUUAUAUAAAUGAAAUGUAUAUAGCAUUCAGUGCUCUUGAGAAAAAGAUUCCCAAAAAAAUGAUUUGAAGGGAAUGUUGAUCUUAAAUUUGUCCAAUAACAUAUCCAAAUAAUUACACUGUUAGGUUCAAAUGAGUGUGAUUAUGUAUAUAGAUGUACAUGG